AUGAGCUCCAGAAGCCUCGUCCGAUCCCCGGUAUCCUGUAGUGCUGUAAACGAAUGCUUUUCCUACAAUUCACGCUGCCCAAGAAGCUACUAUCAGUAUUCUAAUACCAUGAAGCUACAAACACCGCAAGCUGGCCAGAUGCUUUUGCCUCGCAAAUUAUGGAAAUCUACUCGAUUGCAGACCACCCUUCUCAUCCAGAGGCGGACUGUAUCAAACUGUUGCUCUGACCUUAGUACCACUUACACAGAGCAACUUCCCAGCUAUUUAGGACUUAAUGUUUUGCAAGACCAAUCAAAUGCGAAACAAAACAAUAUUCGUAAAGUCCUUGUCAUCCUGAAUCCUAAUUCUGGAUUCCGUAGCUCUCGCGAGGUUUUCUACAAGAAAGUGCAAUCAACACUGAAGCUUUCAGGCUUCGCGAUGGAGGUUGUUGAAACAGCGUAUGCUGGUCAUGCAAAGGUGCUUGCUUCUACUGUUGACCUCAGUACAUGCCCUGGUGGCAUUAUCUGUGUUGGGGGUGAUGGAGUCGUAAAUGAGGUUGUGAAUGGUUUACUUGGUAGAGACGAUUUGAAAGAGGCGCUUCAACUUCCUAUUGGGAUAGUUCCUGCUGGUUCCGAUAAUUCAUUAGUAUGGAGUGUUCUUGGCAUCAGGGAUCCUGUGUCAGCAGCAACUGCUUUAGCUAAGGGUGGUUUCACACCGAUUGAUGUGUUUGCUGUAAAAUGGAUCCAAGCUGGAGUUACUCAUUUCGGUUUGACGGCUUCCUACUGUGGUUUUGUAGCUGAUGUUCUGCAAUUAUCUGAAAACUUCCGCCUGCAGCUUGGGCCCUUCCGUUACGUCAUCGCUGGCAUUCUUAAGUUUUUGUCCCUGCCCCAAUACAAAUUUGAGGUGGAUUAUCUGCCUUUAUCACCAGAGACAAUUCCUAACUUGGAGUCACCGAUUGAAAAAUGCCAUGGCCAGCUUUCUGAUGACAGCAAGGUUAAGAGUGGUACUUAUAUGGAUCGUAGCAGUGGAGAUAAUUGGGUUACGAGGAAAGGGGAGUUUCUUGGCAUUUUGGUCUGCAACCACUUCUGCAAGCCUGCCCAGGGGUUAUUUUCUCCACUUGUUGCACCAAAAGCUCAGCAUGAUGAUGGCAGUCUGGACUUGAUUCUUGUACAUGGAAGUGGAAGACUCAGAUUAUUUUGCUUUUUUGUUGCCUAUCAGUUUUGCUGGCAUCUUCUACUCCCUUUUGUGGAAUAUGUCAAGGUAAAACAAGUAAAGGUUAGGCCAGUGGGCAGUACCCACAGUGGUUGUGGUGUCGACGGCGAGCUUCUUCAGGCGGAAGGCCAACCAGAAUGGCAGUGCUCUCUGCUCCCAGUACAAGGCCGGUUGCUUGGCCGGCAUCCCAGAACAUAG